AUGGAUUAUAAAGAAGAACAGAAUCAGGAGCUAGAAGUACUGGAGUCUAUUUACCCUGAUGAACUGAGGAUCCUAAACGAUGCAUACCCAAAGAUUAAAUUCGAAGUAGAUAUCAAGUUGGAGCUGGAUACAGGCGAUUCUACCUCACCAUUGACUAAAGAGCAUACUAUAAUUGCCGAGUUCAAGUUGCCGGAAAAGUAUCCUGAUGAGCCAUGCAUGAUUUCAUUAGAAGCUCAGGAAGUUGAGUUCAACGAUAAUGAUGACGAUGAAGAUGGCGAUGAAGAUGAAGACGAGGUUGAAUAUGAUGACCAUGGUAAUAGAGUGCUGAAGAAGUUGGAAAACCUGCCAGAUUUAAUUAGCUUCAAAGGAUACUUGCCUGAAUUAACUGUACAGUUAGAAACCCAAAUCGAAACCGACAUGUUACUGGGUAUGCAAAUGUGUUUUGCAUUAAUUUCAUCAAUAAAAGAGAGAUGUGAGCAGUGGUACAGCGAGCAAUUGAGCAAGCUCGAAGAACAGCACGAUCUGGAAGCACAAGAACGUGAGAAGAAGGAACAAGCGAAGUUCCACGGUACAAAAGUGACAAGAGAAUCAUAUUUAGAAUGGAGGUCUAAGUUCCGCAAGGAAUUGAAACUGGAUGAAAGAGAUCAGGUGAGAAGGAUGAAGGCUCAUCACGGGAAGCUAACCGGUAAGCAAAUGUUUGAACAAGGAGUGGUAGGCACGAACGACGAAUAUAUGGAAGAAGAUGGCGCGACAGUGGAUGACGUAGCCAAGGAACUUGCCAAGACUGAAAUAGCUAAACAAUAA